UUACGGAGUGCGUUUGCGGAAAACGUAAAAGCAGAAAUUUUCAAUCGUUUAAACAAGAUACGGCUCUAUUAAGGUGUAACGAGGGCACGUUUCGCGUGCGCAAGAUAUACGGAGAUGGCAAUUGCAUGUUUAGAGCGAUCAGCUACAUUUUGUGGCAGAACGAAGAAGAGCAUCAGUCGCUUCGAGUUAUGGUUGUGCAACACAUUAAGGACAAUUGGCACGAGUACGGCCCGUUCGUGAUAGCCGAGUGGAACAUUGCGGAUCGCCAAGAGUAUUAUGAUUACAUGAGUCUAGUGGGCACAUUUGCUAGCGAGCUGGAGUGUACGGUGGCCACGAAGCUCCAUCGUAUGAAUCUCUCAAUUUAUCGCGAGUUACCUGAUAGAUACGAGCUCAAGUUGGUUUUUCAUAAUCACGUGAGCAUCACCUACGAAACUGCAAGGCUCUUAUUCACCGGAUCCUCCGAAAAUGGUCAUUACGACGUCCUGUUACCCGACUUCAUGUCAAAUAUUUACAUGGACUAAUAAGCUAUACUUUAUAUAGCCAUUAAUAAAAAAUAAUUAAAUGUUACAAUAAUUCUUGACACAAAAUCAAACAAAAUUAUGGUAUGCACAACAACUUACUUUGCUGACUUUGUUUGUUGACUGUGGCAUAUUGUGUAUAUUUUACAUUUAAAAUAUAUUGUAUUCUUUAAUUAAUUUGUGGGAAAUAUAUAAACAUACACAUAAGAUUAGUAUAUUAAAUUUAUUAAAAUUAUAUUGGGAGACUUAAUUUUAAAGAAAUUUCCCCAUUUUGAGUCCUCAUCUGCGCCUAAUCAUGUAUAAUGAAUCUUGAAUAAUUUUGUAGAUGAUAAUGAUAAUAUUAAAAAAAAAGUUUUAAAUACUCACCUCCGCCGAAAUUAGUUCUGACCUCUUAAUAAAGGCAUUUUAUUCAUUCAAAGGCUCAUUACCAGAACUAUUCAACAUGACGGAUGUCAUUGUUAUGCUCAGAAAGUACUUGUAUGUCAUUAUAAAAGUAUUUAACAUAUUCCAAAUACCGUUACUUUUAUACUUUUCAAAUUUAAUUCCUUUAUAUUAUUUUCUUUAAUACCUUAGCAAAGCCGUUAUCAUUUUAUGUAUAUUAUAUUAUCAAGACAUAAUAUUAUAUAUCUAAAAAAUAAAAAAUUUAUUAUAUAUAUUAGAUUUAAAGUAUUUCUCAAUAGGUUCAUAAAAGUAAUAGAUUUAAAUAAAUACAAUUUAAAAAAUUUCAAAUAACUAAAUAUCAUUAGAUAGGAAAGAUAAAUACGUACAAACAAUUUUUUUUAUUAACAAAGAUUCUAUUUUCUUAAAAGUCAAGGGCAUUUUCUUUACGUGUUACAAUAAUGUACUGUAAUAUAUGACAGUUUAUAAUUCUAAUUCGACUUUAUAUGAAUAAUUAAUUAGGAUAAUUCUUCUUUGUGUAACUCGUGGGAAGAUACUGCUUAAAUUUCAUGCAAUUUUUAAAGGUUUUUGUUGUCCAUCUCGAGGGAAUUCGCUAACAGAAAGCGCGAAUUCCCACACUCGUGUCGGUGGCCGACUGGAAUGCUUCACGCUUCAUGAACAAGAACAGGAUUUAAAAGGAAUAAUCACAUCCCUGCGUGUGAAGCCAUUGUGAGACCGUCGUUAUUGCGCUAUAGAUCGCACAACUGAAAUACAGGAUCGUAUAAAAUCAAUUAAAAAUGAUAUACGCUAUAUCAAGGAUUACAUUUAUCAAUGAUACAACUGUCACAAAAGCAGAAUCUAUUACACAAUUCAAUAAUGCAAAAAUAUUGAUAUACCAGCAAUGCAAAAUCAGAUGUUAGUAAUAAAAUAAAAAAUUAUAGUAUCUGAACUGAAUAGAAUUUACUUUUAAUUUAUUUCUUUAAAACUUUAUUUAUGGAAAUAUUGAAGUAAACUACAUUUUAAGAUCUCCACAAAUAGUUUUUAAAAAAUUAAGUUAAUUAAAAAAGCCUUAUAAAUAAGCCUAACAACCUUCAGGUCAGAUACCUUACAAUAAUAAAAUGUAUAAAUUCUGAAAAAAAUUGCAACAAAUUAUCUCUUUUAAAAGUCAUUAUUGAGUGUACAGUUUCAUUUCAACUUUAUA